CGUCUCCUGAAACCCCGUCUUCUCUUCCCGGCUGUCUCCGCACGCACUUGCCGAUCCAGGGACGUGACUCCGCUGUGGGGAGACCUGGUGCUGGCCCGCGCUGCAGGGGUGGGGCUGGGGUCAACCCGCACAUCCCUCAGGUUGAUGAGGGAUGAGAGGCCUGGAAAGCGAGACUUACGAGAUAAAGAAUUCAACAUGUGGAACGAGAUUGAUCUUCUCAUAAACGACGACACGGGAAGCGGACGACUGAGCGUAGGUUCGGGACGAGAAUGUGGAACUGCUUUGUACCAAGUGGAUACCCUCGUUAAAAUAACGUCUUCCGACAAGGUCUUGGUUAAUCCAACAUUGCAUGCGGUCAACUCAACUGAUGGCUGUAUUAUCGUGGCUGACAGAUCAGUGGCACUUCUUGACAGCAUUUGCCAGUCUCUUCAAAUGCACGUUCAGUUUGACACUAAUGUGGAUGUCGUUGGUUUGUGCCAACAAGGACAGUUUCUUGUAGUGGGUGAGAGGAGUGGCAACCUGCAUCUUAUUCACGUCCCAUCACAGCAAACCUUGCUAACAAAAAUGGCAGAUUAUGCAGGAACAAAAACUGUCCCUAAAGUUCCUGUUUUGGUUCAGGAAUCUUCAAAUGAAAAGACAUAUUUAAAUCUGAUUAUAGAAGAAGACAAGGCAGAGCCAGGUGUCUACCAUAUGUUCAUUCUCACAAGUAAUGGAUGCUUUUGCAUUAUGUGCCUCCCUCUUGCAAAAACUCAGGAAGCUAUUGACAAGAUGGACAUGAUUACAGCAAAGAAGUUACAAGGUGAGAUCAAGACGGCUUUUAUUUCUACAAAAGAGUAUCAUGCCUUUGGUUGUCUGAAUUUUAUAAUUGGUGAUUCAGAGGAUAACAUCCAGCUGAUAAUUGGGGGCAAAGGUAAUUAUGUACUCUCCAGAUGGGAGGUAGACACUACUAAAAGGCUGGUUUCUGUCCAGAGUUUUGCUGAUUCAAGCAUAAUUAAAGAUGCAACAACAUUUCAAGUUCUAGACAACUUAUUGUUCGUUUUGGAUAACGAGAACAUUUUGAGCAUGUGGGAUGUUUAUUCUCUUACGUUGAUUUGGGAUUGGCCUUCAAUGCAUAUUAAAGAAUUUCUUCUAACUACAGAAUCAGAUUCUUCCUCAGUCACGCGACAUGGGAUUGCUGACCUUAAACUAAUAACUUUGACAAUACCUGAUAACAAACAGAAGAGAAACCUCCUGGUUUUUUCACUGCCUGCAAUGCACCUGCUCUAUUCUUUGGAAGUAUCUGAAGUUUCUUCACUUGUUCAAAGUGGAAUCAGUACAGAUAUUAUAUACUUUUUGGAAGGAAUUCCUGAAAAUCACCAGAAGUCCCCUGAAGGCCCAGUGUCUGUUGUAGUAAUGAGAAGUUUAACAGAAGCCUUGCCAGAAAACAGAUUAAGUCGCUUACUCCAUAAGCACAAGUUUACUGAAGCUGAGAAUUUUGCUAUUCAGUUUGGACUGGAUGUUGAGCUUGUCUACAAAGUAAAAGCAAGCACUUUUUUGGAGAGGCUGGCUUCAGCUUCCAUUGGGAGUUGUGGUCAAACAGUCUGGCUAGACCUUGUGAGUGAAGCUAAAGAAAAUCUGCAAAAAAUACAGGACAACCAGUUUGUUGUAGAGUACUGCAUAAAUGCACCGUGGCCAACAUAUGAAACAACUCAGGAAAUGUUAAACUAUGCAAAAUUCAGAGUCUUUAAGAGAGAUGAUAAAAUUAUUGGUUCCUCUUCUGAUGAAGCUCCAGGAUCCAUAACAGAGGUACUGAGAGCUCAAGCCAGGCUAACUACUUUCUAUGGAGCAUUUGGCCCAGAUAAAUUCAGUGGCAUUGCUUGGACUGAAUUCCUGAAUAAUGAAGACCUUUUUAAGAAUAUCCUUUAUCAGCUAGAAGAGGGCAAUCUACCUUGUGCACAAUACCUUUGGCUUAGACAUCAGGCAGAGUUUGAAAGCAGCUUUGAUGAGAGAACAUUGGUGAACAUGCUUAAUACAAUCCGUACCACUAUUCCUGCAAAAGAACUAUCCCUGUGGUUUAAAAAUGUUGUGAUUCCUUUUGUUAGAAGAGUUGUGCCAAAUGGAGAGAAAACAUUGGCAAAAUGGCUGGAACAAGCUGCUCGUAAUCUUGAAUUAACUGAUAAGGCAAAUUGGCCCGAAAAUGGACUUAAAGUGGCAGAGGUGUUUUUUACAAGUAAAAGUCCAGAUGAACUCGGACUAGCCUCCUCUUGGCACUGGAUUCCUUCAAAGUGUGGUGGCUGUGAAGAGGUGUAUCGGUUAAAGAAACUGGUGCUCGAUUUACAGGAGCUGGUAAAUCUCUACAGAAAGUAUAGCUGCAGACUGGCACUCUGUGAUUUUGAAAAGGAGAAUGCAAGCACAAUAGUGUUUCGCAUGUUUGAUAAAAUUUUGGCACCUGAGCUUGUUCCAUCCAUGUUGAAGAAGUUUAUAAAACCAUACAUCCAAGAACAUAAUCUACAAGAGGAUGAACUUUUCUUGCAGUAUAUAAAGGAUUUGUUAGAACGUUGUUGUACACGAUCCACGUCAGUGUUUGAAACUGCAUGGGCGGCAAAGGCAAUAGCUGUCAUAGGCUGUAUAUCUGACACAGACCUGAAAUUUGAUGCAGUGUUGCAGGUAAUGCAUGGUGCUGUGGUGCCUUGGAGUGCAGCAGUGGAGCAACUGGUGAAGCAGCAUUUAGAAAUGAAACACAGCAAAGUGAAGUUAUUGCAGGAGAGUUACAGACUGAUGGAAAUGAAGAAGCUUUUGCGUGCCUAUGGAAUAAGGGAUGCCAAUCUUCUAAAAGACAAACAGAUGAUAAUGAGGUUGGCGAGAUACAUUCUUAAACAAGAUACUCCUACUUGUUUAGAAGAUGCUUUGAAAAUUGUAGCAGCCUGUAUGUUGCCCAGUGUGGAAGUCUAUAUUCUGAGGAUGGUGGAUCUGAUUGAUAAAGACAGGGGAGAAGAAUCUCUGAACUUAUUAAAAUCUCUGCCUGUUGCUGAAGCUGAGGAAAUUGCAGAAAGAUUGACUAUAUGGGCAAAACUAACAUUACAGAAAGAAGCAAAUAAUUCUGAAGAGCGCAAAACACAAAUGUGUAUAACAAAAUCACUUGCGGACGUUCUUAAAUUCCUUCUCAGCAUUCAGAAAGAAAAUCCUCUGAAGAGGGACGAGUGUGAAAUGAACUUGAAAAUGUUUGAAACACUUGCCAGUCUGCAGGAGGAUUUUGAUAUCUUUAUUUCAGUCAAAGAUUAUGGGAAUCCUUCACUGAUGUCUCAGCUCAUUGAAGAGUACAUAAAAGCCUAUGAAACCAUUCAGUCUGUGGCAGAAUCUAGAAAAGUACAAGCAAUAAAUCACCAUUCAGAAGAAGGUGAAACAAAGAACUGCUCCACUAAAUCAAGACUUUACAGACUGGCUUUGCUUCUGCAAAAGACAGAGCAGGAACUGGGGGCAAAGCUCGCAUUGAGGGCAUUAGAUACUGGAAAAAUUGAAGAGGCUAUUAAAAUAUGCAGAGACUUAUAUGAACAUCACUGUAAUGAAGAAACAGGAAAGAUGCUGUUUUUAGCUUGUCAAAAGCUUUGCCAUAUGUUGGGAGCUGAUGUUCCAAUGAUUACUCCUAAAGAGUUGAACCUUCCUGCAGUGAUAGAUGAGCUGGCUUGCCAAGCAGCUGCAAUAUGCAGUUCAGAUCUGUUACUAGAUUCUCUGGAGUUAUGUCAAUAUACCUCGAUUGCCAAGGACAUUUAUGGACAGUGCCAAAUAGAAAACUACGGAUUUAUAGCAAAGACAGCAUCAUUUGGAGCUGAUAAAGAUCCUUAUGAAGAAUGGAUUUAUGAUGAUUUCUUCAGUGAAGAUGGGAUAGUUCUUGAACCACAGAUGGUGCUCCCAGUUGCAUAUGAAACUGUUUCUUCCCUUAUGCCUUUUGCCGAGAACAAGAUAUAUCCUCUGGACUGUACCAGCUUGGCAAACUGUCCAUUUGUUAAAGGACAGAACCUUCUCUUGCCAGCUCGAACACCCAUCUGUGCCUUGCUUCAGAACCUUACAGAAUGCAGUCAAUGCGAGUUAGCUUUGCGGCUAAUAGUCUCUUCAUUUGGAUCCUGCCUGCAGCACUGUGUAACAAACAACAUGAACAUGUCCCUGAGUGAGAAGUUACAUGAUGGGAAAAUGCUGACUGAUGCCAAAAGCUUUCUUAUUGCCAUGAAACAGAAAUCCACUUCAGUGAUUAUGACUACUGGCCUGGACUUGCUAUAUAAGGUUUUCAACUGUCGUCUGAUAGAUCUCAAUCUGGCGUUAGGGUACUGUACAAUCUUGCCCAAGGAAGACAUGUUUAAAAAGCUCUGGGAUGUCAUAAACAACACGUGGCAAAAUUACAAUAAAAUUCUGGCAGUUGCUCGGGUUGGAGCACAACUUGCCAGUCACUAUGGUGAAGCAGAAGAGAGAGAGAAAUUCCAGGAAUUAAUUACUGAUGCAGAAUGGGGUAUCCAGCUUGGUAAAUUUGGUAUUUCUUUCCAGUUUGUAUUUAGAGAGCCAUCAAUACGGAAGAGAGAACUCCUAAGAAUUCUAGUACAGAAUCCAACUGUAGAUACAAACCUUCUGCUGAAAUAUUGCAGCACUUACAUGUUGGACAGUGAUACAGCACUGCAGCUUUGCAUUGAAACACUCCUCCUCCAGAGUGCAAAUAUAAAUCACGUGGAAGGUGACUCAGCAGGGAAUACGGAGAAACUACCCCCUUCAACAUUAUUGGCCAAAGCCCUAGAAAUAAUUCCUUUGCUGAAGAGCACACAAGACCUGGUUAUUAGCCUUGGUGGAAUAUUGCACAAGCUUGAUCCAUAUGACUAUGAAACUAUUGAAAAUGUCCUAAGAGUGAUACAAAGUGCUGACGAAAAAAGUAUAAGUAUCCAAGUGAAUCAGGCUUUGAGCCUUUUGAAACACCUGGAAUCUUAUCAAAGAAUCUCCCCUCCAGUGGACCUAGAACACCAAUAUGUUUUAGAGAACACGAUUGCCCUAUCUCCAGCUGCUCAAACCAGGCUGCCUUUCCAUCUGAUAUUCUUUAGAACCACACAAUGUUUCUGGAGUAUUAUAUCUGCAGAGUUAAGUGAGGAGUCCUUCCCAACACUUCUUUUGAUUUCCAAAUUGAUGAAGGUUUCUCUGGAUACGUUAUACAUGUCUGCAGCCAGGCAUGUCUUUGAGAAAAAACUGAAGCCAAAAGUAUUUGAAAUGAGACAAUGUGGAUGUUCUUCGGUGAUUAACAAGGAAACUACUAAAACUGUGCAGACCAUUCACUCCUACUUGUUAUCCAUAAUUAAUCCAGAAUGGGCUGUAGCGAUUGCUCACAAGAUAGCCCAAGAACUUCCAACAGGGCCUGACCAGAUUCAGGCAUUGAAAGUUUGUCUCUCUUUAGCUGAGAAAUGGAUAAAUAAUACUACAGCCAAGGAUGAGUCGCAUCAAAAAGCUGAAGUGCUGCUGAAGAAGUUACGCAUGCAAUACCAGAGGUCAGCUACAGAAAACGUGCUAAUAACCCACAAGCUGAACACUACAGAACAUUUAAAGCUUGUUGGGAAGCCAGCAAACCUUAUUGUUUUAUUGUAUGAGCAUAGCAGCAUAGAUCAAAGAAUUCAAAAUCCAACUGGCAAAGAUUAUCCAGAUAUUCAUGUAGCUGCUAAGGAAGUAGCUGAAAUUAACAACAUAGAUAUGAACAAGAUCUGGGAUAUACUGCUUGAAAAAUGGCUGUGUCCAAAUAUUCUGCCAACUGACAGAACCCAGGAACUCUUCGAGGAUGUGCAGGAGGAUGAAGGUCUCAGGAGAGUUAUAUAUCUUCUUCAGCCACGCCCAAUGGAUUACAGCUCGAGAUUGCUUUUUGCCAUUACAACGUCUGCCACAUCUCCUAUUGGAGUUAAUCAGUUGACAUUUGCCCACAGAAGUAGAGCUCUUAAAUGUCUGAUCUACUUGGCAGACACUAGUACUGUUGAAUCACUAUUCAAGAAACCCAUUGAGAAAGUAAAGUAUUUUCUAAAAUGCUUCAUUUACUUGGCAGAGUUUGAAAUCUUGAACAUUCCCUACACUUAAGAAUCUUUCCAUAAAAGUCCUAAAGAAGGAAUGAUUAAAGGACUGUGGAAGAAUCACAGCCAUGAACCCACGGCUGUGAGACUGGUGACUGAACUUAGCUUGGAA